ACAAACGUAUAAUUCGCACUAGUUUGUUGCCUCAAGUGGGUUGUAUCGUUUGGGUGGAGAUAUAAAUUGUGAAGACAGUUGCGCAAUAAUGGGAGAUAAAGUAGAAGGCGUCGAUACCUGCGAUGAAUUUUUCGCGACAAAUCCCAAGCCAUCCGAUUAUGAUAAGCAAUCGAAACGAAUGAAAGACUUCUGUCAGCACCACACCAAUUUGAAAACAAAAAUUGUUUUGAUCACGUCUGGGGGUACAACGGUGCCGCUGGAACAAAAUACCGUCCGAUUUGUUGACAAUUUUAGCGCCGGCACUAGAGGGGCAUCGUCUGCUGAAUACUUUCUGAAAAGCGGAUAUGCUGUUAUUUUCUUGUACAGGUCAGGCUCCUUGGAACCAUUUACUCGACAUUUCCCAGGACAUACCUUACUUGAUGCACUAGACAUUUCUUACGAAGGAGAAAACACAAAUAUAGCAGUGCGUACGGAGGUCAUACCAAAGCUGUUGCCAGUGCUGCAAGACUACCACAAUGCAAUAGAGUCAAACAGAUUUUUGGGAGUUCAGUUCAAAACCCUCUCUGACUACGCUUGGUUGGUCCAUGCUGCAUGUGAUGCUGUACAACCUCUCGGUAACCGUGUGAUGUUGUAUAUGGCUGCUGCUGUGGCUGACUUCUAUGUUCCUGCGAAAGAGAUGCCCGAACAUAAAAUUCAGUCAUCUGGUGGCAGUCCAAAAAUCCAGCUACGUGUAGCCCCAAAGAUUCUGAGAGAGGUGGCAACAAAGUGGGCGGUGAGCACCUACAUCGUCUCAUUCAAGCUGGAAACCGAUGAGGGGCUGCUGGUGCCAAAGGCGAAAAAUGCUCUGGAGAGGUACAAACACAAGAUGGUGAUUGGAAAUAUUCUGAACACCAGAAAGUACAGAGUGCUGAUUAUAACACCAGACAGUGAAAAGGAAAUACUACUCUCACCAGAGGAGCAGUCGGCCGGUGUCGAGAUAGAGAGCAAGAUAGUGGCCGUGCUCGCGGAUAAGCAUAGCGCACACAUCGAAUCUGCGGCUAGCAGUUGAUGUAAUAUGCAGUCAUUAGAUGCAGUUUUGGGGAAUUUUGGUGUCAUUUGUAAUGUGCCUAGUUUUUGUGAGAAUGAUGUAUUUUGGAUAAAACAUUGCCUACAAAAUAAAUCAGAAUGUUUCAUAAUGUUAAAAAACUGGAAAAAUUACAAGCUAUUUUUUGCUAUGGCGUACCUGUUGGUUAGCAUACAAAUGUUUACCUGAUGUAUUAUUGUAUUGUAUUGUAUUGUAUAUUUAUUGGUUCUGUGCAUCAUACAUUGUACAGGGGUACAUAGUGGUAUAGGACAAGUCCAAAAAUUGCAAUAAA